AUGUCGGCAAGAAAAUUGUUCCCUCUACUGAAAUCGGGUCCACACAACAAACCAUCCAGGAUGUACGAGCAGUGGUUUACCCGAGAAUCCAUUUUCCAGGUGAAUAAAGACGGAGGAACAUGGAGGCAAUGUGAGAGAUCUAAAGUCGCCAUGUUCAUAUCUUCCAUUUUCAACAACUUUGGUGCUUUCUACCCUCGGCAACCGCUUCUUUCAGCAUAUUCCUUAAGGUGCAUCUGGUUUCAAGAAGAGGUUGUGGCAGUGGAUAUGGAGCCGACGGUGGUGGAGAUGGCGACGAUGAUUGAGGCAUAA